UAACCUUCUCUUUCUCGUCUUCUCUCUUCUCUUUCGACGUCUUCCUGACCUAAUGGCGAGCGCUGGCAGUCUUGCCGGUGCUAGUAGACGGGACGACGUGGCGGCUCUUGCCUCGUACUCUCCCGGGGAACUCAUCCUCAAGAAGUUAUUUGCUCAGUUUGUGGUGACUGCCGAGAGCAAACUGAAGCAUGUGUCCACACAGCCACUGGCCAAUCCUUUGAGCAAGUACAUUCAAAGAGGGGAUGACCCAACGCUCGAUCAGUUACUGGCGUCUCUUAAAGACGUGGCUCGGUUUAGUUUGAGAUCAAUGCUCACCAUUUUAUUUGAAUGGAGGAAGAGGUGCAUCAAGGAGAUACAGAGCAAAACAACAUGGACGGCGUCUACUAGUGAUACGUCUGAUUCUCCACAGACUCUGUCAAAGAAAGAGGUUGAGUAUUAUUCUGAGAGACAGCAGCUGGCGGUUGAAUUCAUCUUCUGUAUGACUCUUACUGAAAUACUGCAACAACUUCCAGUUCACCCAGUCCCGGAGAAUUUCAUCCACACUAUCGAGGGACUUGCUUUCAACCACUUCAAAGCACAAGAGCCACUCAAAGAGAGGAGUACUAAUAAUCCUAAUGUCGCUAAUGCUAAACGUGUUGCUGAUCUGUACGCUGAAGUGAUUGGGGUUCUGUCUCAGGUGAGGUUUCUAUCCGUCCGGAUGAGGUUCUUUGCCGAGCUCAAGAACCCCCAGAACACUAUAUCUGUUAUCAUCAGUGUGAUUGAGGGGCUCAGUUUUGUGAGAGUUAAGAUGUACCCAGUGGAAGAGCUGGAGGGAUGGCUGAGAUUUCUUCAAGAUUGUGCUAAUUACAUGUUGGAGAGUGGUAAAGGAGAGAAGGUUAGACACGCCAUGAGUGCUUUGCUGGUUGAGGUCCUAACUCCCGUUGCUUCUGUCAUUAAAUACGAAGUAUCAAUGCCAGCUUUUAAGAAGAUUGUGUCAACUCUAUACAGCCAUGCAUACGAUCAAGCAAAGAGAAAACACAGUGCUGCUUAUAUUCCAUUGGUUACUGUGCUUCUGGCCAUCAGUGAAGAUGCUUAUUUUCUCAAUAAUUGGCACAAUUUCGUCCUUCAGAUAAUUUUCCCAAACCUAAAGAAAAAUGAUCCUAAACUUCAGUGGAUAGCAUUGGACUCACUCUAUCGUCUGUUGUGGAUUUAUUUGAUACGUAUUAAAGGUGAAGGCAAUGUUACUACUUUUCAGCGUCUAAAACCAAUAAUUGAGCUUUUAUUUCCUCGUUCCGGUGGGCGUGGUCUCUUACUCAAAGACUUCCCUCCAAACAUCUUUGUGAAGAUAAUCCACUUCAUAGCAAGAGAAAGGAUAGAGUAUGCUAUGCCAGAUAUUGUUGUUGAUCUAGUCACAAAGAACAGAGGAGGACUCAAUUAUGAGAGGAUAAUCAUUGGACUACGUGCAUUCUUAAUGAUUGCUGAUAGUCUUGAGAAGAAAGAGGGUGAUCCCCCCAUGCCUCCCGCCCUCAAUUCCUCCUCUCUCUCCGGCUCAGUCACCCGGACUAAAACAAAGUUCCUUACGAAUACUCUAACGGAAAAGAUAGCCAAAGAGAUCGGUAUAGCAUCUUAUUAUCCAUCGGUGUGUCAGGCUUUGAGUAGUAUUUUGAAGCAGCUGGAUCUCUCUGUGGGUAGACCUCUUGUGUCUACUAAUUCACAAGUGGCAAGAGCUCCUGAAGAUGCUCUAAGUGGUGAGCGUAAACCUAAACUCGAUCUACUCAAGACUUGUGUUGCUGCUAUUCCUCGCCUCCUGCCCGAAGGAAUUGCUAAAGAAGAACUGAUAGAGUGUCUCUCAAGACUCACUAUACACAUCGACCCGGAACUAGUCAAAAUGUCAGUGACAGCUCUAAUGAACAUCAUAACAAACCUUCCCUCAUGGAGGCCCGACAUUGUCCAAGUUUUCUCCGUAUUUGUAAUGCGGGACAUUCCCGAUAGUACCCCACUGGUUCUGGAAUCUUCCCUAAAGGUUCUGGGACAGCUUUUAACCCACUGGAGGAGUAUUGUAUCAGGAGCUUUUGAUGACAUUUUGGGGAGUGGGGGGAAGGCUAGAAAGGACCAAGGGUCAAGGGAGGGAGUUGAGUUACCGUUUACUGCUAUGUGUAGCGUUGAGGCGUGUGCUUUGGUGACGUUCUGUUCGUAUCGAUCAAUGACGAGGAGAUUGUCCCUAGCCAUUUUGAAGGAGGUCAGGUCCUGUUUGGAAGCAUUAAGAGCUUACAAGGUUGAAGUAGGUGGUAAUACCAGCGUAUCAGACACAGUUAGAGUACUGGACAUCAUGGAGAGAACAACCCCAGCAAUAAUAAGAUCCUACCUCUCAAUAUUAACACAGAAAGAAAGGGCUGAUCUACGUGUGAAUCAACAGAACCUUAGUCUCUGGUGGUUGGCCGAUAGGAACGCUUGUUUUCUGGAGCAUGGAGGAGGCAAGGAGAGUCUAAGGGAUGCAUGGUCGCAGUGUAUCAUUAUACUAAUGGAACAGACUGCUCUACCAUCGUCCUGUCCACUGGCCGUACAGCUGGCAUGGCCGUACAUUCUCCACAGGAUGAUAAAGGCUUACAGUGUUCUUGAUAAUAAUUUCAUUCCUUCCGAGAGGUUUGACCGCGCCCCUCAGCUUCGUACGCCCCGUGGGACGUUCCUCUCUCAGCCAGAACUCUUCCUGUGGAGGAACUACCUCUUCUUUGCUUGUUGUUCGGCUCCGCCUUCUUCCACUCCUUAUCCAGUCCCGCCCACUCAGGGCCUGUAUGAAGCUGGCAUGUUGCUAGGAGACAAGCAUCCAAGACAGUACACUGCACGUGAUCUUGUCUACAUGAUAGUCCCACUUAUCAGGACGGAGGGUGAGAUCGGAGAAGUGGUCAUCACUGCCCUUGGACUUGCCAAUCCUGCUGCUUUUGGUGAUUUGAUCGAACAGUUUCGCCCAUGGAUUAAUGAUGCACUAGAUCUCAGAAAGAGUGAUAAUGUGAAGAAGAAGAGACGUAGGGAGAUAGAGAGGGUCCACAUUACACGAGUUCUCUCAGUUGCAGCUGGUCAUGGCUGCUUCCAUCUCUGUCAGUCGGCUUUGAAUAGAGAAGGACAAGUACAACAGCAGAUACUGAACUUUAUCAAUGGAAUAAAGUUAUUUUUAGAGACAGAGUCCGAGAGAUCGGUACCUGCUGCUCCUAACAGUGACCUCAGGCUACAUUACGCCAACCUCAUAUCCUCCCUCAUCAAUAGUUUCCCGGAGGGUUUCUCCCGAGCGAGACUCCUCCCCUCCAACAUGAGGCGUGACAUGUUCUUCAUGAUAGCAGGAUGGGCAGGUGGUUUCUGGCAUCAGACUAAUGAGGAACCAGAUAACAAAACUUCAAAGCAGUUGCGUUCCACUGCCUUCGUAUCCUCCGUGUUACAUGCAAUGUCGUCUCUGGUCUGUUGUGGUCCUUUCUUUGAGCCAGAGGCUCUCACAAGAGUGAGGUACAUAUACAGGUGGCUCGAGAACAUGCUCUGCUCUUCGGAAGAAAAAAUACAGCAGUUAGGUCAGAACACUGUCCAGCUGUUGCUACAGUACAAUAGAGAGCCCGUCCUUCUUAAAUGGGUCACUGAUAAUUGCUACGCUAGCAAUACUUCCUGUGCCUCUCUUUGCUUUCAUGCUCUUUGCAGUACUUUUGCUAAGAACCCCUCCUACCCUUGCAACAUGAUAACUGUUCUCCACGUGAUACUCUACUAUACUGCCAGUCAGGAUCACAGGACGAGGGAGAGAGCUCUACAAUUGCUCCAUAUCUUGGACAGAAGGUUCUUUGCUAGCGGAGAGAGAGGCUCAAGACGUCCAGAGCUAUUAGGAAGGAUCACCGGUAGUACUUAUUCCAACAUACAUGUUGCUGUCAGCGAAGAACUAGCUUUUACUAACCCUGAACUAACACUGCCUCUAUUUUCAGAAAUGGUACGGCGUUUUGAAGAUGCUCCACACUUGUCCCGUCACGUCAUACUCCAAUUAAUGCGUCCCUGGUUACGCAAUAUUGAACUGGUCGAGGAAAUCCCUCGGCAGCAGACUAGUGUGAUGCUAGACCACGCCCUCCCGAGUCUUGUAGGAUCUAAAUCAACGAACCCCGUUUUGAGUGGAAGUGGAUGGGGAUCUGUUGAAGGAACACACCUUGUCCUGCAUAAUUUACUUUAUUUAACUGCAAAGUUUGGUGAUGUGUAUUCAGUUGAUGUCGAGAGCCUUUGGUCCGCCUUGAGUACGUGGACUUACAAUAUUCGCGUUAUCCUUAACUACCUGGCCAGACUCUCCUGUCUUGCUGGUAACAUGACUGCCAUACUUAAGCAGGCUAAAAGAGUAAUGAUAUAUUUCUCUCACACUCAUCCCAACAUCAUAAUCCAUGAGCUCCUACGAGAGCUUCACUGUGUAGACCUCAUCACUGCAGAGAUGCUUCCGUCCGAGGUCCCACCCUUUUAUCGCAUGUCUGGGCGUGGCUCUGAGACAGGUAGCCUCAAACGAGACUCCUCCCAUCACGCAAGCACUUGGAGUGCUGACGAGGCACCUUGGGCUGUUAACUGGAGGAUUGAAGUCCGGUCUAACGAAGGCCAGGCGACGCCCCUUCCUUCUCCUCAUAGUAUGACCUUUUAUGCUAGCGUCAAAGAGACACUCAAGUUGCCGUGCCGACAGGUAGCACACCUUCACAGGAAUAACUUUGCUCUAAUUUUACUCUCUGAGAUUGUUGGAGAUAUUGUCACGUUUGAUUGGCCAACGCACUUACCUGUUUUGUUACACGUAGUCACUCUUGGUUUAGAUUUACACAGACCAGUGAUAUACCAGCAUAGUAAGAAGCUCCUCUGCUCCCUAACUGUGUUAUUGGCAUGUCGUGAUGACUACAGAGCUGCUUGUGAGGCACGUCUCACACAACAUGAGGCUUUCCUCCACUCGCCCUCUCUCCUCUCCCUUACUUCUAACGAAGGUGGGGGUGGAGAACUCCAGAGGUGUGGCUCCAUUAAUAGUCUAAAUGAGGGAAGGGAGGGUACCAGUGAAACUAGUCUAGCAAGGAAAGCAAGAUCAUUGAUUAAAUAUAUUUCAGAAAGAGAGUAUAAAAGGUGCUGGCCUUUUGUUGAUCUUGUGUCUUAUCAAAAAGACUGCUCUUCCCUUCCAUCUUGUGAAGUGACUGACCUCUGUAAACUCGUGGAUCAGAUAUUAUCAGUAUUUCAACCAUCAUGUAAUGACUCACUGAAAGACAAGUGGUCCAAGAUAGCACUUCAGUGGGCUACAUCUUGUUCUUCACAGCAGUUUGCUAGUCAGUCCUUCCAGUUAUGUCGUGCUCUUAACGUCCCCCUGAGUACCAUGAUGCUAAGAGAAGUUCUUCCUCGUCUGGCAGAGUCCGUCUCAGAUCCUUCGGACGAGCUAAAGAACUAUGUGAUUGAGAUAAUGCUGUCACUGGAGAAUGCUCUUAAUAAUUCAAAAGAAGAGUCACUCCAUCCUCCUGGGUACUUACCGGAAGGACAUGGCCGACAAAUAUCAGACAUCACACCUCUACCAGAGGAAGACACUUCUGCUGUUGCUUCAGUUUCUAGAGAUAACACGCAGAAUCUAUCGCUAACAACCACACCCUCUUUUGUCCGCACUCUCACGCCCACAUACUCCCUACCCUCCUCCUCCUCCACUGCCUCCACUCGUCCUCCAUCAAUUCCUCUAGCACAAUCCUGCAGGACAUCAACUCCAACAAGUUCUAUUCAACAAACGGAGACCACGCCUACAUUAGACCCUCCUUCAGAAGAAAAACCACAAGCUCCUCCCACCACGAUCUCGUCUAGACCUCAUUUUGCUCACCACAGGCGGAAUCACUCAAGAGGUCAGAGUGUGACUAACUUACAAGAGCUGAAGGGAGAAGUCCCUGACCACACUCACCAGAAACCUGAAGUAUCAGACUCUUCUCACAUCAAAGCAACUCCUGACCACACGCAUAGUCAGCAUUCCGAAGAUCCUCUUUCUGUUGCAGAGCAACCUCCUCCUCACUCUCCUCCAGCAGCUGGAGCAGGACACUAUCGUCCUGGCCACAAGAUUCGUCUUAGGACGUCUGCUUCAGUUGAUAGUGAUAACCUCUCACAUCAAAUUGAGUCGCUUCAUCCUAAUCGAGUGGCCUCCAGCACAAGGGACGACCGUAUCUCGGCUCCUCAACUGAAACUGAUGAAUCUUUUUGAGCCACUACCAGGAUCAGGGGUUCAUAAACAGUCAUCUGUGACUGAGAAACAAGGAGGCCACUCCCACCAACACGGGAGGCCGUAUAGUGAAGUAUAUUCAAACUCAAUCUCGGUUCCGUCCAAUAGAAUCAGUAAUAUUAGUUCUUCAGUCUCAGGUUCCUUGCCUUCCAUUGUUACUGCUAAAGCAAUGGCUCCAAUAAACACACCAACUAUAUCUCUACCAGCUGGUAGUGGUACACCCACUCAAUUAAAUAUUGUACAUACUCAGAAUAAUAGUACGACCACACCUACUACAUCUAGCGUUGGACAUACUACGCCUAACCAGAGUACGUCCUCUUUGACCACGCCCAGUUCAAUUGUAACCACAUCUACUCACGGAAGUCUCAUUUCUCCUCAAGCCACGCCUACUAUUGACGAGGAGACUUCUCUUGAGUCGCCACUGGAAGAGACCAAAAAAGACACUUCGUCAGAAACCUCACCUACUGCCAAAGAAACCACACCCUCUUUACAAGAAGAAACAAGUAGAGAAGAGAGUGUUGGACCACUAAUGGCAGAAGGGGGAGGGGCAGGAGGAGGUGGGGCUAUUAUGGAUACCUCAGGAUCUAGUGUUGAUUCUACAAAUAUUGUAAGAGUGCCUUCUCAUCCAGAGCUGAGGACAAGCCCAUUAAAAGCACAUGCAAUUGCUAAUAAUCUCUACUUACCUCCUGAUGGUAGCCCCAUCAUGAGGGCUCAUUCGGUGUCCCAGUUAUUGCAGGGUAAUGAGGGAGAAGAGAAAGGGGAACAGGACAAGAAUUACAAGAGGAGGAGUUACAGUGGGUCGAGAGAGAUGGUCCCGUCUUAUACUUCAACGUCUCCCUCGUCUUCUCCUUCUCUGCUUUCUAAAAUGCCUCAUAACGUUCGUGGGAGUUUGGACAAAUUACGCGAAAAAGGUCACAGCCAUAUUUCAAACAGUGUUCCUCUUACACAGGUCCUUACUGCCCCGCCCGCACAUCACUUUCCUCCUCCACCUUUUAGUCACCAAAACUCUCCGACUAAAGAGAGUCUCAGGAGAAAAAUAAGUGCCGAUCCAGAGCGAGAGAGAGCCCAGAGUGCUGGUACUUCUCGUGGAAAAAAUCGUCCACGGAGCAUGUUUGAAACGGGUUCUGCCCACCUCUCACUGUCGAUGAUUGGAGGAAACGAUUACAGCCUAAUGGCCGCCCUUGACAUGCUGACUCAGCUCUUCUGGACGAGCGUCAGUCUCAUGCUCUCAGACUAUGAGAUUGAGUUCUCUCUAGCUUUGAGACUCUUCGACCGCGUAACGUCUAAACUCGAUUUUAAAUCAGACUUCACUUUUACUCGACUCGAAGUCAUUCGGCUAAAGAGUAAAUGGGAGAGUUUCCCUGGUGUUUUACGAGUCCUCCUUAAAGGACUGUCCCUCACUAAUACCACCUACAGCACCAGAAGACUGAUAUCUAAAUUGUCUCCAUUUGUAAGGAGAGGAGUCAUUGACCCGUCUGGCUCCAGUGGUCUGCCAUUAUGCAUCAUGGCUCUUCUACCUGAACUAAUACAGCACUUUGAUAACCCAAUGGAGGAGCUUGUUAGCACUGCUUUUAAUCUGGCUGAGGCCUGUACUUCAUACAUACCACAAGCUCAAUCUAACGAACACAGUCAAGUAUUGAGAGACAUGGGCCACCUUUUCAGUCUCUAUUCUCGUAGAGAGUUUACCAACACGUGCACUAUAUGGUUGAAAUCAGUCUGCCAUUACAUCAGUAAAGGAUAUGCACAAGUGACUGAGGAAAUACUGAAGCUAAUGGGGACACUCCUUGAUCAAGGUUGUGAUACAUAUCAUCAGUCAGUUCUAUGGAUACUGAAUGAGUUCCUCAUUAAACUUGAAGAGAACAGCUCCGUUGAUAUGGGGCUAGUCACUCGUACCAUCACCAGACCUGUAACACAAUUUAUUAAGGGUCCACUGUGGCAGGAAGCUCUUGGCAUUCUUUCAUUGAUUGUAAAGAACUCUUCAUCUCUCGUCCAACCCACCACUCCUCAUAUGCCAAUGGUCGAUCUCGGGUUCUUCCAGGAGAGUCUUCCCGGUCCUACGCUAAAGUUCUCCGUUGAUUUGGCCUCUGGGUCACAUGACUUGAGACUAGCUCAUGAUUCUAGCCCUCAGUCAUCAUGGCGACGACCCCAUGGCUGCCAACGUGUUACGAGAGAGAAGUUGUUAAGUAUAAUAAAUGCAUGUGGGCCUCAUCCUGGCCUUUACAGCAGUCCAUCAAUUAUAUUCAUGGAUGAUCAGGCAUUAAAUAGAAUAACUUAUUCCGAGUCUUCGGAAGAAAUGGAGGAGGAGGAGAGCAACAGAGAGAGCGAGGAAGAAAUGUCAUCGAUAAGAGGAUCGGCAGAAAUACUGGACUCAUCUCAACCAGAAUCAGCUGUUAUCAAUACCAUUGGUGACGAAUUUGAUUUCUUGAAUCAAUACUCAGACGAAGAAGAGUCGGAAGAAGCUGAAUUGAACAUUGAGGGACCUUUCUCUGCAAAGAAAGAAGAGAUGUAUAGUUCAUCACUUUCAAGCAGUCAGUCCAGUUUAUAUGACGAGGAAUCAGAACUACAACAAGACCAAACUCACUCCUCCCUAGAGCCUCUCACUCACUCCAUUGAAGUACCACACAGGAAGCACAGUCGAUCAACAAGUCCAUUCUUCCCUAGUGCCUCUCCUCAGUCCCACGAGAGAUCAUCCCGCCCACACUCUCUUGAGCGAAGCAUAGAUUCUAUUGAGACCACACCCCAAAUUGCAAUUGUGAGCACGCCCCCAAAGAGAGAAGAGUUUGGGUUAGGACACAUCAAGGAGGUCACUGAAGAACAGUCUAAGUUUAUACAAGAGGCUCCACCCAAUGAAGUUACUGCAACUAGCACUAUUGGUAGCGAUGUAAGUUCUAGUUUUGGUGAGGAGACCACACCCUCUCUUGGAGAAAGAACCUUAGUACCUGAUGAGGCUUUAUCACCUAGGGAGACCCCCACAAAUGAAGCCACACCCCCAGUUGAGGAAACAGAUAGUAGAGAACAAACACUGAGCCCUGUUCCCAUGUUAACGGAAGAGGAAGAAGGCAGGGCUGAGUUGACAAUGUCGAGAAGUGAAUCUGAAGACAGACAAGUCAAAAUGGAGUCGUCUGGUUCUAGCUUUGAUAUAAUAACUGGAGGAGAAGAGGAGGAUGAGGAGGAGGCACGAGAGAAGGGGAAACAAGACAGGCAGAAAUCUUUCGAAAAGAGAGAGAGUUUAGAAGAAAAAGAAAGAGAUAAAGAAAAAGAAGACCAACAGCUUCCAGUAGAAGAUGUAGGAGAGGGCAAGGGAGUAACUGAGAAUAAUAAAGAAGGAGAAAAGGAGGCAGAAGUCAAAGAAGAGGAAGAAGAGAAGGGAGAGGAGCAAGAACCACAGACAAUAGAAAAGACUGAAAGUUUAGAAGAGAAGGAAGAAAAGGUGGAGAAAGUAGACGAAUUACAAGUGCAUGUACAUGUAGAAGGAGAAGAAAGGGAUCAAGAGCUGAGUGCUACUGAUAAAGAAGUUGUCAAACAAACAGAGACUAAUGAAGGAACUGAAGAUAUAUUAUCAGAUAAUAAGGAGAAGGAAGGAGGGGAUGAUGAGAGAAGGCAAUCCUUAGAAAGUCAAGAUAGCUCACUGCCUCGUUCACCUCCCACACUCUCUGAUAACAAUAUACUCUUGUCAUCUGUAGAAGAGACACAUCCUACUAACGAGGAGUUAGACCAACCUCAACCACCUGAUGAUAUUACUCUUGACGAGCCAAACCAACCCAACGAUAUUCCACCUGAUGAAAUUCCACACCCACCUGAUGAAAUUCCACACCCACCUGAUGAGCUCCAGCCAUCUUUGUCUCUGGAGUUUUCAGACGAGGAGGAUGAUGAAGGUGGGGCAGUUCCACUCCCACCAAGAGUUGAUCUCCACCGGGCUUCACAUUUCAUAUGCAUUGCAGAUGAAGAAGUUGGAGAAAUGUGGCAGGAACAUGUUAGUAAUCUUUGUCGAUCCAAGAGCCUGUCUCUGGCAGUUAACACAUUCUAUCUAUUCCGUAGAUUGUUUUUGGUUAUAAGGCAACAGACCUGUUCCCUAACACAAGAAGCUGUGAGCUUCAUGAGUGAAAGUUUAUGGAACAUAUCAACUCAUUUCCUAGUAACAAUUGAACUUUUAUCAACUCAAUUAGAAAUUCCAAGAAUAUACCUUGAUACUGAACUGAUAUCUCUUACCAAGUUAUUGGACCCAUUGGUUUUUUUUGCUCUUGAAACGCAAAAUAACUUAGAACACUUUGAGUCUCAAAGGACAUCAUUGCUCCAAUGCAUUACUGAUUGUAAGCAAGCUGUCAUUUCAAGUUGUUCUCCUCCUCCUCCUCUCUCCCCCACUUCUUUUUCUGCACAUCAAAAAUCACUGACUUUAUGUCAUUCAGUACAUCAAAUUCAUUUCCAGCUAUUACUGCUAGUCAGUGGAUAUAUUAAACUAUACCACUUGCUAAAAAACAGCCUCCACUCCCUUCCUGUCAUUGAUAUAAGCACUCAACUAACACAAGUCCAGCGUCAACUAGCAUCCAUACUCUCAGAUACGUCGCAUGAUCUUGUGAGUGGGCGGUUGGACAGAGAGAUAGAGGAACAGGUGAAUAGUCUAAAGCCUGAGCAAGCCAUGAGGUAUCUACAGGAUACUAUAGCUGGUAGCCAGCCAUUACUGGCCAUACAACUGCUUCAGUGUAUGAGGAGUUACUUCAGAGAUGAGCAGUUGUUUGGGAUUGAUGCUAGUGAUAACCUUGAUGUCGUUCUAUAUGGAUAUGCCCACUGUCUUGCUGAAGGACAGGAAGGUGUCAUUGGUCUGACUGAGUCAGAACACAAUAUAUCAGAAACUCACUCACAUUUAAUGACUCAAAAUGUCAGCUUGUUGUCAUUAUUGGAAAAACAGCAACUACCUGAGACACUCAUUGCUACUGAAUUAUAGCACCUGCAAAAUUCUGUGACUUUUGGCUUGCUUAUUACUUGUAUCUCUUGCUAAUUUUAAUUUCAAAGAAUGAGAGACAAAUUAACGAACAUUUUUAUAUCCAUUAUUAUAAUUAUCUCAUUAUUAUAAUUAUCAUUAUUUUUAAAACUUAAUUUGUUGGGCACUGGUCAUUUGACUGGAUCAAUCCAAUGGCA